UGAGAACGAGAGAGAGAGAAAGGGGGAGGUGGGACGCAGUGGAAUCUUAGUGGUCGCUAUAGUCUUUGCUAUUGAAGUUGAAAUUUGUGCGUCAAAGAGCGGUGGGGUGUUGUUUUUGGGGUGGUUUAGUGUCAACUCUUGAUGGUACUUUUUGGCACGUUGGAGAUAAAAAGUUAAAAUUUUUUUUUGUUUUUUGAUAGGCCAAAACCUCAGUCUUUUCUGCUGCUUUGCAACUUGUAAAACUCUCAUUCAUCUGCUCAGUGAAAAUCAGAAAAUCUAAUAAAAUCAGCACCAACCGGCAUCAAUCUUAUGUAACUAUCGACAAAACCUAAUAACAAGGGGAAGAGAGAUAGAGACGUGUUCUGAUUAGAGUUUGAGGCUGAUUAUAUCCUUUUAAGAUCAAGAGUUUCUAGCGUUAUAUAUUUACGAAGUGGUGGAGAUGUUUCAGCCAAACAUGUUUGAGAGUCACCUUUUGUUUGAUAUGACGACGAAAAGCUCUGAAAGUGAUUUGGGGAAGCCAAAAGACGACGAUUACGAGACUAAAUCUGGUACCGAAAUAAUGGACGUUCCCUCUGGUGAUGAUCAAGAUCCUAGCCAACGAGCUAAAAAGAAGCGUUACCAUCGCCACACUCAGCAUCAAAUACAGGAAAUGGAAGCUUUCUUCAAUGAGUGCCCUCACCCCGACGACAAGCAAAGGAAGGAGUUGAGCCGGGAGCUGGGUUUAGAGCCUUUGCAGGUCAAAUUUUGGUUUCAAAACAAGCGCACACAAAUGAAGGCCCAAAAUGAACGCAACGAGAAUCAAAUUCUAAAGGCUGAGAAUGAAAAACUUCGUGCUGAGAACAAUCGGUACAAAGACGCCCUUGGUAAUGCCUCUUGCCCCAACUGUGGAGGCCCAGCCGCUCUCGGUGAGAUGUCCUUUGAUGAGCAGCAUUUGAGAAUUGAGAAUGCUCGUUUAAGAGAAGAGAUUGAUAGAAUAUCUGGGAUUGCUACCAACUAUGUUGGAAAGCCCUUGACUUCAUUUUCUCACGUUUCUCCUCACUUACCUUCCCGUUCUCUUGACCCUGGGUUUAGCAAUCUCGGGAGCCAAUCAGGCUUUGUAGGGGAGAUGUAUGGGAGUGGUGAUCACCUUCUUAGGUCAAUAUCUGGGCCUGCGGAGGCAGACAAGCCAAUGAUUGUUGAGCUAGCCGUUGCAGCCAUGGAAGAACUAAUGAGAAUGGCUCAGGCGGGAGAACCCUUGUGGGUUCCUGGAGAGCACUCCGCGGAGAUUUUAAACGAAGACGAGUACUUGAGAACAUUCCCUAGGGGAAUUGGUCCAAAACCCUUGGGGUUUAAAUCAGAAGCUUCACGGGAUUUUGCAGUUGUCAUCAUGAAUCAUAUUAACCUUGUUGAGAUUCUCAUGGAUGUCAAUCAAUGGUCAAGUGUGUUUUGCGGUAUUGUUUCAAGAGCUAUGACCCUAGAAGUCUUGUCAACUGGAGUAGCAGGGAACUACAAUGGGGCCUUGCAAGUGAUGACGGCUGAGUUCCAGGUCCCAUCACCUCUAGUACCCACUCGUGAAAAUUACUUUGUAAGGUAUUGUAAGCAGCAUCUUGAUGGAACAUGGGCAGUGGUUGAUGUUUCCUUAGACAAUUUACGCCCUGGUGCAAUAUCCAAGUGUCGAAGAAGGCCAUCAGGAUGUUUAAUACAAGAAUUGCCAAAUGGUUACUCAAAGGUCAUAUGGGUUGAACAUGUCGAAGUGGAUGAUAGAUCCGUCCACAAUAUCUACAGACCUCUAGUUAAUUGCGGCCUUGCUUUUGGGGCAAAACGUUGGGUGGCUACAUUAGAUCGACAAUGCGAGCGUCUAGCAAGUACAAUGGCAAGUAACAUUCCAGCAGGAGACCUCUGUGUGAUAACAAGCCCAGAAGGGAGGAAGAGUAUGUUGAAGUUGGCAGAAAGAAUGGUGACUAGUUUUUGUACUGGUGUUGGUGCGUCUACUGCACACGCUUGGACAACGUUAUCAACAACAGGCUCUGAAGACGUUAGGGUGAUGACCAGGAAGAGUAUGGAUGAUCCUGGCAGGCCUCCUUGUAUUGUUCUAAGCGCUGCCACUUCCUUCUGGAUUUCAGUUCCUCCAAAGAGGGUCUUCGAUUUCCUUCGCGAUGAGAACUCUCGUAGUGAGUGGGACAUCCUCUCAAAUGGUGGCCUAGUUCAAGAAAUGGCUCACAUCGCAAAUGGACGAGACCCAGGAAACUGUGUUUCUUUAUUGCGCGUAAACAGUGCAAACUCAAACCAGAGCAACAUGCUAGUACUACAAGAAAGCUGCAUCGAUUCUACAGGGUUAUAUGUGAUAUACGCUCCGGUUGAUAUAGCUGCCAUGAAUAUGGUCUUAAGCGGUGGCGACCCAGAUUAUGUUGCUCUUCUGCCAUCAGGUUUUGCUAUACUUCCUGAUGGCCGAGGUUCACUUGGAGGAGGAGGAAUUCUUGACGUUGGCUCCAGUGGUUCUCUUCUUACAGUUGCAUUUCAGAUCUUAGUCGACUCAGUUCCAACGGCAAAACUCUCUCUUGGAUCAGUGGCAACAGUAAACAGUCUAAUAAAAUGCACAGUUGAAAGGAUCAAAGCAGCGGUGAUAUCUGACAAUGCACAAUAAGUAGAAUAACUUGAGCCAAAACUAGAAUAAAGAAGGCAGGAAAGAAGCAAGAAUUUGGCACUUGGCCUAAGAAAGAUCCUUGCCUCAUGAAUAUUUUUCUGGGUUGAGAAGUUACCUUAGAAGAUUAAAAAGGAUGGGGUAUUGACUUAGGCAACAAAUUAAGAUUAGAUGAAAAUGAAGUAAGACCUUGUUAUAUUUUGUUACAAUAACUAUGUUUUGUUUAGAGCAGUCUUGUUAGGGCCCUAAGGAGUGGUAACGGUAAUAUUUUCCUUAUGUUUAGCGUCUGUGAGUUCUUAAUGAGGCACUAGUUUGAACUUUAUUUAUUAACAACAUAUGAUUAUGUGUUUUGGUA